AUGACCAGCCGUGCAAGUAUUCGUCAAGGAUUCACACUGAUCGAACUGCUCGUCGUGAUCGCGAUCAUCUCACUGUUGAUCGGGAUCCUGCUCCCGGCUCUUGGCUCAGCGCGUGCGAGUGCUCGUGCCGUGCGUGAGCAAGCGGGGAUGUCCCAGUUGCUCACGGCGUACGCGCUCUACGCGGAUGAUCAUCGCGGGAAGUUGAUGAUCGGAUUCCUCUCGGAUGCCCAUUGGGAUCGGAUGGUUGAAGAGAACACUGUCCCAAGAGACUUUAGUGGUCGCCCGGUUGGAAAAAUUAUUGGUCAGCGGUUCCCAUUUAGAUUUAUCUCGUAUCUGGACUACCAGUUCGAUGGAUUCUACAUGGACAACAAAGUGACAGAGGCGCUUGCAGAUGCUGUCGACGCAAACUCUGCUAAUUUGAACGAUCCUUCACUCACGUAUAUCGCGUCGCUUUACCCGUCCUUCGGACUCAACUCCUACUUUGUUGGUGGCGGAGCCAAUGGCGACAACUUGCCUUGGUCCGAAGCCGGACGUCGGGUGUUUGGGAAGAUGCAUGUGGACAAGCUCCAUCAGGUGCGUCGUCCGAGUUAUCUGAUGAGCUUCUCGAGUGCUCGCUCGAUCGCGGAGCCCUCGCUGCUUCCUGGAUACGGGAUGGUCGAGGGAUACUUCAUUGUCAAGCCUCCGCAUCUGUACUCGACCUCCGGUCGUCAGUGGGAGGAUGCGUACUCUGAGAAUACCGAGCAUCCAGAGGCGAACUCCGGAGGCGUCUCGCUGCGUCACAAGGGGAAGGGCAUCGCGGGCAUGCUCGACGGGCACGCGGAGCAGUGGGACUGGGACGACUACAACGACAUGCAGCACUGGUCCAACAACGCGACGAGCCGGGACUGGGAAGUCCAGGACUGCACCGAUAUCGACGGCUUGCGCGAUCACCUCGCGGACCCCGACAACAAUCCUCGCAAGGUCUACUGCGGCUUUGAUCCCACCGCGGAUUCGCUGACGAUCGGGAACCUCGUGCCGAUCAUGCUCCUGGCGCAUGUUAAGCGUGCGGGACACUCACCGAUCGUCGUGAUGGGUGGGGGAACGGGACUGAUUGGCGAUCCGUCGGGCAAGUCCGCCGAGCGUCAGCUCAACACGGUCGAGACCAUCGCGGGCUACAUCGACAAGCAGCGACCGAUCUACAGCACCGUCCUCGAUCAGAUCGAAGGGCCGGACCAUCAGAUCCUCAACAACCACGAUUGGCUCAAGAAUAUCUCGUACAUCGAAGCGCUCCGCGACAUCGGGAAGCAUUUCAGCGUCAACAUGAUGAUGCAGAAAGAGUCCGUCAAAGAACGGCUCAACAACCGCGAGCAGGGGAUCAGCUACACCGAGUUCUCAUACAUGAUCCUGCAGGCGUACGACUUCGCGCAUCUGUACGAGGAAAUGGGCGUGACGGUGCAGAUCGGUGGGAGCGAUCAGUACGGGAACAUCGUCGCGGGAUCAGAUCUGAUCCGCAGAAGAGCCACGCAAGAGAGUGAUGACGCGAGCAAGGUCUUUGGCCUGACCGCUCCCCUCGUCCAGAAAGCCGAUGGCGGGAAGUUUGGGAAGACCGAGAAGGGCGCGAUCUGGUUGACCGCGGCGCGGACUUCACCGUAUGCGUACUACCAGUUCUGGCUUAACGCGUCCGAUGAGGAUGCGCGUGGUUGGAUCAAGGUGUUUACGUUCCUCGAUCAAGAAUCAGUCGAAUCGCUCAUCGCUCGUCAUGGCGAGAAUCCCGGCAAGCGGGAGCUCCAGCGCACGCUCGCUCAGGAAGCGACGCGGAUCCUGCAUGGUCAAGCCGCGAUGGAGAACGCGGAAGCCGCGGGCAAGGCGUUGUUCAGCGGCGAUAUCGGUUCGCUCGACGAGCAGACGAUGGUCGAGGUCUUCGCGAGCGUCCCGACGACAGAGCACAGCAAGUCGGAGCUUGCGGACGGUCUGGACAUGGUCGAGAUGCUCAAGUCCACGAAACUCGCGUCAUCGAACCGCGAGGCGCGGGACUUCCUCAACGAGGGAUCCGUCUCGAUCAACGGCGAGAAGAUCGACGCGGACACCAAAGUCACCGAAGCACACCUGCUGCACGGCUCGUUCAUCGCGAUCCGUCGCGGCAAGAAAAAAUGGCACAUGACCAAAUGGUCAUGA